GAGGUCAGGACGAUAUUUUGAGUGCACUGGGGGCGAAGCUGUGCUUUCCGCCUGGAGGUUGUGUGUUUUCUUUUAGUUCGUCUAUUUAAAUUUCUGUAGUCUCUGACGAUGACCUCAGAGGUCGGGAACCAGCUGGAGAAUUCCACUGAUGUGACUCAAAGUGUGGAAGAGGAUCCACCAAUAGACCUUCCCCUACUGCAUGCUGAUACUUUGGUUGGUGAUGUGAGACCUUACUUUAAAAGUGUGCCAACAGGAUGUUGGGCAAUCCUGUUAACAUUUCUGCAUGUUGCUUUUGUGGCUCUGGCAUAUACUUUGGUUUUUUUAUGUGUAACAUCAUCUGGCAAUUGUAGUAAUGUCCUUGGGUCUUUCAAACCUGUGACUGUUGUUAUAAUUGCAAAAGUUGUCCUUUGGACCCUGCAUGCUGUCUUUGAAUUUUACUUGCAAACUCAACACUCCAAAGUCAGAAACAGAGGCUAUCUGGCACUAUACCGUUCCAUAAAGCAUUUGAAACACCUGCCACUUUUCAUUCAUUCUACAGGAACUGCAGUUAUCCUACUUAUACUUGCGGUGCAGCUGUCUUUUGAACUGAAAGGACUCUUGAUAUACGUAAUUCUUGGAGUCUUGACAGUGGAGCUUUUCUGUUCCUCAGCAUGCCUCGUCAUUUACACAGUGAGGAUAACAAAGUUCAAUAGAAUGAAACCUUGUCCUGACAUCCAAGAGGAAGAGGGAAGACACAGAUACCCUAAUCGCAGUAAUAUUCUGUCAGAAACUGGAUUCAGGGAUGGAACAAGCUUGGAAAAUCUGGUCGAAAAGCAAGCAGACCUCAUAGAUUACUUAAAAAUGCACAAUGUGCAGUUAAGUAAAAAACUACUGGCCUUAAUAUCCCAGCAAGUGCGAGACUGAGUUUCGGAAAGCUCUAAAAUCUAAUGAAGGAAUGAAAGAAGGCACAGAUGUGCUUUGAAUCUUCAACCAGUGGGAUAUUUUCAAAUGUGGAAUUUGAGUGUAAAUUGUUUAAGUAUCUUGAAGUUGCCUUGUAUUGAUUUGGGAAGACGAAGUUUGCUACAAGCAUCUUGUUUUCAUUUUUAAACAUCUGUUAUAUAAAUCAAUCAUGGCAAAAUUAGCAUGGCAGAUUUAACUUGCUGAACCUGUGCCAAAAGACCUUGUUGUGAACUAUAAUGCAGAAUAAUUCUGCAUUUGUAUGUGAAGAUUUUUCUCCCUGUUUUUGCAAUAUUGACCUUCAUUUGCUAUAGCACUGUUGGAAGAUUUGUCUUCUGAAAAUGGUUUUCUUUAAUAAAUGUUUAAGCUAUGAAGAUGUAAAGAACAUUAAGCUCCUCUUGAACUGUGCUGAGUAUCUUAGUUUGAAUUUGUGCUGAUAUGUUAGUCUCUUCAAUACAAUGAUAUGAACUUCUGGGGACCUGAGUACACAUUUUUUUACUGAUCUAAGAGGGGGGUGGGGGAAAUUUUUUCUAUUUUGAAAGACUAUGCUGAUCAAGAAUUUCAAAUUAACCACUGUAAUUCAGUAGUUUGUGAGAACAACUAUAUCCCAGUAAGAUCGAUCAUUAAAGAAGAGCUGAGAACUGGACAAUGUAGUACUUUUUGAUUAAUGAACUCCUGUAAACCUAGCUUUGCUUUUCUGUGCUAUUUCCUUGAACAAUGCUAUUCUCAGAGUAUUGUAUUGAAACAGUACCUUGAACUUGUUUAAUAAAGGA